CAAACUGUCAUGGCACUAAAUGACCGAACAUGUUGGCAAAUGUUAGUUUAUAUGUGAUAUUAAGUGAUUAUUUAUUCCGGUAUUAAUGUAGAAGUUGGCAGAGUUAAAAGUUUAAAUUAGUGACUUUAAAUUACCAGAGUCCCCAAGGACGACGACCUUCACUUUCUCAAUUGCAGCCAUUCCCAGUUAUUAUGACUGAGGAGCGACUCGUCACUGAGGUGCCGAGUAGCUUAAAGCAACUAGCUAGACUUGUGGUUAGAGGGUUUUAUACAAUCGAAGAUGCCCUUAUUGUGGACAUGUUGGUUCGAAAUCCUUGUAUGAAAGAAGAUGAUAUUUGUGAACUCUUGAAAUUUGAACGAAAAAUGUUAAGAGCUAGAAUAGCGACUCUAAAAAACGAUAAGUUUAUUCAAGUUCGAUUAAAAAUGGAAACCGGUCUGGAUGGUAAAGCACAGAAAGUUAACUAUUACUUUAUAAACUACAAAACUUUUGUCAAUGUUGUUAAAUACAAACUGGAUCUAAUGCGCAAGCGGAUGGAAACAGAGGAGCGAGACGCUACAAGUCGUGCUAGUUUUAAAUGUCCAUCCUGCGGCAAAACAUUUACAGAUCUUGAGGCUGAUCAGUUGUAUGAUAUGAUGACACAAGAGUUCCGAUGUACAUUCUGUAAUCAAGUCGUCGAAGAAGACCAAUCGGCCCUCCCCAAGAAAGAUUCGAGAUUGUUGCUGGCAAAAUUCAAUGAACAAUUGGAAACUCUUUACAUAUUACUUAGGGAAGUCGAGGGAAUCAAAUUGGCGCCAGAAAUAUUGGAGCCGGAACCGGUGGACAUUAACACAAUAAGAGGGUUAACGUCGAAGCAGUUCGGGAACCGGCCGUCGGGCGAGCAGUGGUCGGGCGAGGCCACGCGCAACCAGGGGCUGGCGGUGGAGGAGACGCGCGUCGACGUCACCAUCGGAGACGCGGACGCGGCCGCCGACCCCAGCACGCUGCGCAAGGAGCGCCCCGUGUGGAUGGUGGAGAGCACCAUCGUCGCCAACGACCAGAGCGACAGCGUCCAUUCAACAGACGCAGCGUUGGAAAAAGCGGCCAGCAACGCAGCCAACACAAAGACCGCUGGAAAAGAGAAAAACGACGACAUCAUGUCGGUUCUUUUGGCGCACGAGAAACAAAACACGGGUAAUGCUGCUACAAAUCCCUUAAAAACAGAACAAGAUAGCUCUGAUUCGAGCGACAAUGAAUCUAAGGAUCCUUACAAAUUAAAGGAUGAACUCGCUGCAGUAGCCGAGAUGGAAAGCGAUGACUCAGAAUCAGAAGACAACGCGCCAACUGUAAUGGUGAACGGAAAGCCGGUGCCUAUCACGAGCAUCGACGAUGACGUCAUCGCUAGGAUGACGCCCUCCGAAAAGGAGACUUACAUACAAGUUUAUCAAGAAUAUUACAGUCAUAUGUAUGACUAGAAUAAGUUUAGUUGAGAAUAAAAACUGUGUACCGAA